AUGAGCAAAGAACAAAAGAGUGAUUAUACCCUUUUAAAUUUAGUUAAAGAAUGCACCAAUGUAACAAGCAAUUAUAAAGAUCUCGAAACAUCAUUUACAACACCCAUUUCACACACUUCAAUUACCGAAGAUUCUCAAUCAGAACCUCAAAGCUCUCAACCAGACAACAAUGCAUCAAUGAAUCAAAGUUCUAAACAAGCAAAUAAUUCUGCAAAGGAAAGCAAAAAUUAUAAAUUUGAAAAACACGUAAUACAAAAACAAACUCAAAGCACAAUAAAUCACACACAAUCAUCUCAGUUAACAGAAUCACAUAUCACGUUUACUAAAAUGGAAUCAAACAAAACUCAACAAGAAAAUAAUUCUGAAAUCAAAAGUAUUAAAUUCAAAAAAUUCAAAUAUAUUCGGAAAGCAAAGUACAAUGACAUUGUAUAUCAUAUUGAUUUAAUAGAAGAAACAACUAGAACUUCGGAAAAUAAUAUAUCCACCGAAAAAACGAAAUAUUACUACUUAAAGGGCGGACAAAGAAAAAACAUCGAUAUUAAUGAUGGUAAUUUUGAAGAAAUUAAAGAUUCUACAUAG